AGUUUUCAUGCAAAAAAAUGGAAAAUAAUUAAAAGGAAAAAGGGCAAUUUAUAUUAAACACUAGUAUAUAUCAACAAGAAAUAAACAGGUUCGAGUUUUCACUAAGAUGAAUUAUCAAUAUGCUUUUCCGGUCGUGUGUUGGUAUGGUGUCCCGGUACUCGAGAGCUCUACUCCCGACGGUAACAAUCUCUAGCCGGAUCGCUAAUAUUGUUCUUCCGUUUGCAUUAACUCGCGGAAGAAAGAUCCAUACCAUGUCGAAGGAUGAGGAAUGGUGGAAGAAAAUAGAAAAAAGUCCUCCCGUUGAUGAAUUGAUGCUGGAGUCGGUGGUAGAGGUCUUCACUGACUCUACCGAGUAUAGCAAAGUCAAACCUUGGCAGACUCUUAACCAAGAAUCAUAUGGGGGCUCUGGAUUUGCAAUCGCGGGAAAGAAAAUUCUUACGAACGCUCAUGUGGUGGAGGUGAUGAAUGAUCACACAUUCGUGCACGUGAAAAGACAUGGCUCUCAAGUCAAAUACAAAGCAAAAGUUCAAAAGAUUGCACAUGAGUGUGAUUUGGCCAUCUUGGAGAUCGAUAGCGACGAGUUUUGGAAGGGUAUGAAUCCCUUGGAGUUCGGAGACAUACCGCCUCUCAAUGAAAUUGUAUAUGUUGUUGGUUAUCCAGAAGCUGGUGAAACAAUAUGCGUUACAAAAGGUGUUGUAACUGGAGUUAAAACUGGAAAUUACCUUCAAAGUUCCACUAAACUACUGACAAUACAAAUUGACGCAACUACCAACGAUGGAAAUAGUGGUGGCCCGGUUAUUACAGGAAACAAAGUCGUUGGUGUAGUAUUUCAAGAUCUUGGAGAUGAGAAAAGUACAGGUGUCGUAAUCCCAACCCCAAUAAUUAGACAUUUCAUAACUGGUGCAGAAGAAAGCUCCCAUAACGCUGUUUUCGGCUCACUAGUUCUAUCAUGUCAGUCAAUGGAAAAUGCUCAAAUUCGUAAUCAUUUUAAGAUGAGCCCUGAAACGACAGGAAUUCUUAUAAACAAAAUAAACUCAUCGUCGGGGGCUCACAAAAUUCUGAGAAAAGAUGACAUCAUUCUCGCAAUUGAUGGUGUUCCAAUAGGAAAUGAUGAAACAUGUCCUUUUCGAAAUGAGGAACGAAUAAGUUUCAAUCAUUUUAUUUCUAUGAAGAAACCAGAUGAAAAAAUCUUAGUAAAGGUUCUAAGGAAGGGAAAAGAGCAUGAAUACAAUAUCAGUUUAAAGCCGGUGAAACCACACAUGCAAGUGCAACAAUAUUAUAACCUUCCAAGUUAUUACAUAUUCGGUGGUUUUGUUUUUGUGCCUCUCACUAAAUCGUACAUUGAUGAUUUGAGCUUAGAAUGUGUAUUAAAUGAUGAGUACAAAAUUACCGAUGAACAACAAGUCAUAAUCUCUCAGGUAAUGCCAGAUGACAUUAACAAAGGAUACAGUAAUUUCAAAGAUUUACAGGUGGAAAAAGUAAACGGAGUGAAGGUAAAGAAUUUAAAACACUUACGUGAACUGAUAGAGGGAUGUUGUGGCAAAGAUCUGAGGUUGGACUUGGAAAAUGACAAAGUUAUGGUACUCAACUAUGAAUCUGCUAAAAAGGAAUUUGAGAUCUUGGAACGUCACAAUAUAAAAUCGGCUUGGGGCAGCGAGUAGUCUCCCUCCGCAACUUGAUUAUCCGAUCAAAGAUAAUAGGAUUGACCGUAUGCCUUGGAGUUGUCUUCCUUUGCUGCUUUGUCCGAAGGUAAGCUCAAAGAUACUAGGAUUGUUUAUGGCCUGUCCAAGGCUAAAAGCAGAACAAGAUUCUUAAAAAGGUUGAGAUUCAGCUUAAUCUAAAGAAUCUUUUGCUUUUGUAUAAAAACUAAAAAAACGAAAUGACUUGGGACGACGAAUACUAUAUAGUUUAACUUUCUCUCUAGUGGAGCACGCUAAUAAUCUAUAAGUAAAAAAUCAUGUUGUGGUUUCCUCUAGGGUUUUUUUUAUAUAAUUAAUUCAAUGCCCUAUCUAAGCAAACAAUGAGAGAAUGUAAAAUAUUUCGAAUUUUGAACAAGACUUAUACAUCUACCAGCUCCUAAAAGCCGUGUUAAAAAAAAAAAUGAAUCUGUUGGUAAAGCUUUUGAUGAUUUGUUCAAACUUCAAAAAAAGAAAAGUUAAAGGUUCCUUGGAGAGAAAGCAAACCAAUUUCUCUACGAUAAGUAAAGGAAAUUUUUGAAGACGAAAAAUGGAAAAAACUUUGAUAAGAAAAGGAAGAGAAAAAAAAAAGGACUUCCUAUUUAAACAGUAGCAUCAACCAGGGGUUCGAUUUUCCAAUAAGUUUGAUAUGGUUUUCCGGCCGUGUGUUGAUAUGGUGGGGUGGUACACGAGAGCUCGGGUUCCUGGUUUACUCUCUUCUCUUUUCUUUUACCGAAGUUGCAAUAAUGUACUGACCAAUUCACUGCCAACGGUAACAACUGCCGGCCGAGUUUCCAGAUAUGACUAUCUAUGCAGGAGGAGCACAUCAGCAGCAGAGAGGGGUGUAGUUCUUCCAUUUGCGUUAACUGGCCGAAGAAAGAUCCAUUCAAUACAUGAAGAUGCGAAGAAGCUAGAACGGUGGAAGAAAAUAGAAGAAAGUCGUCCUGUUGAUGAAUUGGUGCUGGAUUCGGUUGUAGAGGUAUUCUCUGACUCUACCGGGUAUAGAAAAUCCAAACCUUGGCAGACUUGUUACAAGAAAGAGCGAGAUAAGCUUGAGAGAAAGUUUGUUGAAAAAGAUUCUUAUUUCUUAAGAAAGUAAAGCUGUACAAUUGUCAAUAUAUACAAGUGUAGCUAAACUAAACCAGUCAAAUAAACCAGAGUUUAU